GAACGAGUACUUGGGAUGUAUUGGAGAACAGAGCCAGAUGUUUUUACAUUUUCCACGGCAUAUGCAACGGACGUGCAGCGACCCACAAAGCGGCAGGCAUUACGGGUGGUGAUGAGCCCGUUUGAUCCGAUAGGCGUUCUAUGCUUCUUUCUUAUCCACGGUAAAAUAUUCAUUCAAGAAUUGUGGAGAGCAAAAACGGAUUGGGACGAGCUGAUUCCCGAAGCGUUGUGCGAAAGAUGGGUACGAUGGACGGAGAAGUUUCAGUUUCUGGACCAGAUAAAAAUUCCGAGAUGCUAUUUCGGAAACCGGACAACGCAGGAAAUCGAGACCACACAGUUGCAUAUUUUCGUAGACGCGAGCGAAGACGCUUACGCUUGUGUAGCGUACAUUCGGGCUGUUGUACCGAAUGAAAUCGAAAUGGCGCUAGUGGGAGGCAAAGCAAAAGUUGCACCCCUGAAAGUACAGUCGAUUCCGAGGUUGGAGCUGAUGGCUGCGGUGAUUGGUGUGAGACUGGCUAAAACGAUAGUCAAGGAACACACGCUACGAUUCGACGAGGUGAUUUUCUGGAGCGACUCGAAGACGGUGAUGGCGUGGAUCCACUCCGACCAUCGGAAAUAUCGGCAGUUUGUCGCUUGCCGUGUAGGAGAAAUACUCUUGAAAUCGGAGGCCACACAAUGGCGGUGGAUUCCGACUAAGGAAAACGUAGCGGACGAUGCUACCAAGUGGGGGAAAGGUCCAUGUCUAUCAUCGAACAAUCGGUGGUUCCAAGGCCCUAGUUUCCUGCACCAAACGGAGAAACAGUGGCCGUCAUGGUCAGAGCCAGCUGCGGAACCCACCACAGAGGAGCUAAGAGCGUGCAUGUUCUAUCACGUAACAACAGCAGCACAGGCAGUCGACUGGAAAAGAUUUUCCUCGUGGAUGCACUUAUUGAAGUCGGUGGCUUAUGGGUACAGAUUCAGCCGAAACCUAAAACAAAAAGCCGCAAAGCAAAAAGUGCAGCGUGGGCUGCUAACGCAGGAUGAGCUGGUGACAGCAGAACAGCUUAUAUUUAGUUGGGUUCAAUGGGAACAAUAUCCCGAUGAAAUGACAGUUCUAAGUGGUGACCAGAAAGUGCCAACGCGACUGCGGACAAAAUUAGAGAGAACCAGCAGAAUUCGUACCCUGUCACCUUAUGUUGAUGAAUUUGGCGUGCUCCGCUCGGACAGUCGAAUCGCUGCGGCUAGGUAUGUAGCCUAUGACACUCGAUACCCCGUUAUUCUACCGAAGGAACAUAUAGUGACUCGCUUACUGGUGAGUUGGUAUCAUCAAGAGUAUUUGCACGCGAAUGUAGAGACCGUUGUUAAUGAGCUAAGGCAACGUUUUCAUAUAUCGAAGCUGAGAUCGCUAGUCCGCGAGGUCGGAAAGGGAUGUAUGAAGUGUAAAAUUAAGAAGGCGGUGCCAAUGGUUCCUCGAAUGGCACCACUCCCGGCAGCAAGGCUACAGGCGUUUACCCGCCCGUUUUCAUACGUGGGGGUGGAUUUCUUCGGGCCCAUUGCGGUGCGUGUCAAUCGCAGCAUCAACAAGCGAUGGAUAGCGCUAUUUACGUGCAUGACAACCCGUGCCGUACACCUCGAGGUGGUACACACUUUAACGACUGAGUCCUGUAAAAUGGCCAUCCGACGUUUCAUAGGACGCCGAGGUGCACCGGUAGAGGUACGAAGCGACAGAGGUACGAACUUCGUAGGAUCAAGCAAUGAGCUACUAAAGGAGAUGAACGAGAUUAAUUCUCAACUUGCGGAGACGUUCACGAACGUGGGCACAAGAUGGGUGUUUAAUCCACCGGGAGCGCCACACAUGGGUGGCGCAUUGCAGAGGCUGGUUAGGUCGGUUAAGACGGCUCUAGCGGCUUCGAGGGUUCCUAGUGAGGAGACAUUGGCGACGUUGGUGGCGGAAGCUGAGAGUGUGGUGAACUCGCGUCCACUGACGUAUAUUCCACUCGAGACAGAGCAGCAAGAGGCUUUAACACCAAACCAUUUCCUUUUACUAAACUCCAGCGGUGUGGUUCAAACCCCAAAGAAUCUUUCAGAUCCCAAACUAGCGGGCAGAGCGGAGUGGAAUUUGUGUCAGGUAAUGCUGGACGCUUUCUGGCGUCGUUGGGUCCGCGAAUACCUCCCAACAAUCGCACGGCGUACGAAGUGGUUUGAGGAAGUGCCACCGAUCGGAGUUGGCGAUAUAGUAGUCGUGGUAGAGGAGAAAGUGAGAAACGGAUGGAUUCGUGGAAGAGUUGUCGAGACUAAACCUGGAAGGGACGGAAGGGUUAGCUCGGCAGUAGUACAGACGGGCAACGGACUCGUACAUCGACCAGUGUCAAAGCUGGCGCGCUUGGACUUAGAAACGGACUCCGGAGAGAGUAAAGCGGAAGAGGAACCAGCUUUACGGGUCGGGGAACUGUAACGGGGUAAUGAAACGAUCGUAAGACCCCGAGGCCAGCUGACAGUCCAAUGACGGUUCGUUGACAGGGCUAACGGAAGUAUAGAUAAAGAGAGAGAGAUAGUAAGAGGAAUAAGACGUAGAGAGAAGAAGAAGUAAAGUCGAAAGUGAAACUCGAUUGAUUACACGCGACACGAAUUAAAAAGUGUGAAAUAUUUAAGUAAAUUGUUAGAAGCGGAGUUGACGGUCUAAAUGAUUAAUUCUUUAAAGAGGCUUCAUUCGUUGUCAUCGGGUCCAAAGGAAAAGUUGAUCAAGCCACUGAUACUUAUUUGCAAGUAAUAAAAUAGAAUAGAGGUUAGAUUAUGCAGCAAUUAUAAAUUGAGUGCACUUACAGUUAUCUUACAGUUGGAAGGAAAUAAUACGGUGAAAAGGUGGUAGAAGAAUAAGGAAAAACUAAAUCUUUUAGUGCUCGUCGAUAAAACGUUUAUUGGACUUUUUCGCACGCUCAAAAGAUAGCCCCUUUUCCUCUUCACAAUCUUCUUGCACGAAACACGGCCAUAUAAAAGAUGGCAUGACAUGGUUGAGAUAAAACCAAACAAAUAGAUUUUACCAGACCAUAAAAAAGCUUCUAUUUAUUUUCUGUUGCGUAGCAGUUAAAAAAAUGUUAGAGGACUUAAAUACCAAAAGAUAGCGAAGUCAGAAAUAAUUAAAAUUUAAACUUCACAAAGCUCUAUAUCUUCAUUUUGAGAUAGAUUGAUUGCGUAAUUUUAAAUUUUGUUGCUGUUAGAGGAAAUUUUUCA